CGGGAGCGGCCUACCUGUGUGAGCGAAGCCUGCAUUCCAGUAAAUCCAGAGAGUGCCCUGGGAGAGGGGCCCCGCUGAGGAUAAAGCACAGCGGGGUCCCUGCGGACUAGUAGCAGUGCUGGGAGGAGGGCAGCUCAGGCGUUUCAUUACUGCUUCGCCCGACAUGGAUGUUUUCUUCAAUACUUACAUCAGGUGUCUUGAAACCUUGAUCCAUGGUAGUUAGAUGGUGAUAGUGGACACACAUUGCCAGACUUACACCACCGUAUAUCUCUGUGCUUGUUGGGCUAAAUUCUACAGAAAUGACCCCCCAGGUAACGCCUAAAACAAUGGCAAGUAACACCCAGCUGUGUAUAAGACGUUGGACUACAAAACAUGUGGCUAAAUGGCUUAGAGAGGAAGGAUUCUGUGACUAUGUGGAUAUCCUGUGCGUUAAACAUCGUUUAGAUGGCACAGCUUUAUUGGCUCUGACAGAAUACGACUUGCGGUCUCCACCAUUGGAGAUCAAGGUUCUGGGAGACAUCAAGCGUCUUAUGUUAUCUAUCCGUAAGCUGCAGAAACAGCAUGCCAGCGUUCUGGAGGAGUUAGGACUGAAUAGCGAAUUAUCCACAGGAACAGUCGCCAUAAGCUCCCAAUCUCGCACGGACUGGAUGUGCAAUGGUGAGUUGUCUCGGGACUACGAUGGGCAUGCAACAGACUCUAGCAUGGAUCAGCAUCAGUACUCUAACGGGAAGCAGAAGCACCCACUGAAAAGAAUGGACCCGGAGUACUGGAAAACUGCCAUCAGCUGUGUCUAUGUCUUUAUAGUGUUUGGGUUUACCUCCUUUGUCAUGGUUAUUGUUCAUGAACGUGUCCCUGACAUGCAAACUUAUCCACCUCUUCCAGACAUUUUCCUAGACAGUGUCCCUCGAAUCCCAUGGGCCUUUGCAAUGACAGAGAUGUGUGGAGUGGUCCUUUGCUAUAUCUGGCUGCUUGUGCUGUUGCUUCAUAAAUACAGGUCCAUUCUGUUGCGUCGGCUCUGUAGUCUGAUGGGAACAGUUUUUCUCCUGAGAUGUAUCACUAUGUUUGUAACAUCACUUUCUGUCCCGGGUGAACAUCUUCAGUGUUCCGGAAAGCUAUAUGAUAACAUGUGGGCCAAGCUUCAGCGAGCUUUUGCCAUCUGGAGUGGAUUUGGGAUGACCCUAACUGGAGUGCACACCUGUGGAGAUUACAUGUUUAGCGGCCAUACUGUGGUCCUGACGAUGCUGAACUUCUUUGUCACAGAAUACACCCCAAGAAGCUGGAACUUUCUGCACACCUUGUCCUGGGUCCUGAACUUGUUUGGCAUUUUUUUCAUCCUGGCUGCACACGAACAUUACUCCAUCGAUGUCUUUAUUGCCUUUUACAUCACUACAAGACUGUUCCUGUAUUACCACACACUGGCCAACACUCGGGCUUACCAGCACAGCCGGCGUGCACGCAUUUGGUUUCCCAUGUUCUCGUUCUUCGAAUGCAAUGUAAAAGGGCCUGUUCCUAAUGAAUAUUGUUGGCCAUUUUCCCGUCCAGCUUUCAUGAAGAAUAUAUUCAGCUAAACUAAUCCUUCACCCCCUUUAAAACAAACAAAAAUCACCAAGAAGGAAUAGAGAAUAAAGAAGCUGAGUUACCACAUAUCUCACUUCUGCUAUCCGUUUGUGCUUGUUGUGGGUGCAGGUACUAAGAAGCAUGGAGUACCCACAUUGGCUGAACAACAUCUGUUGUGUAUCUUGGUAUGAAGCUUGAAUACUAUUGUAGGCACUUGUUGGAAAGACCGAUUGUAAUGCCGUCGUAUAAUUCUCCUUAAAGCGCCAGUCUCUGCAGAGUAUUUUUCUUAAUUUCUAUUCUUAAAAUGAGAAAAAAAAAUUGAACUCUCAGUAUGAGUAAAAUGUUCAUUUAAAUUAUGUGCAAAAAAAUAACGGUAUUAUGCAUACAGGUUUAGGCAGAACGUGUUCCAGUCUUUAUGCCUUAAUUUAUAAAACAAAAGAGCAAAUGAGUAAGAUUAACAGAUAUUUAUUUAUAUUUUUUUUCAUUUAUAUUUUCAGAUUGUUUAGCGUCAUUAAUCACAUAAAAACUUUAACACCCACAUUUGACUUGGGACUUGCAGUGUAAUCAUUAGAUGAUAUUGUAGGCGGAUGUGCUCUAGAGAAUAGUUUUAGUCCAAGGAGCUAGGAUUAUCCCGAGCUGAGUUAUUGAGGUUUCCAUAAACAUCUGUGUAACCAAAAUGUGUUGUGUGCAAUGGCUCAAAGAUGGCUGUCGUAGUUAAAUCAAGUGUAAUAAAAGAAACAACUGGUGGUGUUCCAGUACAUAGAGGUAAUCACUUAAAAUGAUCAAGCAACCAACUUUACAAUUAUUGGACCAGUUGAGAGUGUCUGACACAUACAUAAACAAGCAGGUGAAAAUAGGAUGCUGAUAGAGAGAAAUUAGACGGUUCCUUUUGGUGUGAAGCAAAGCCUUUUUUCUUUCCGACAUCGGAUAAUGUUGAUUUAACUCUAGCUUCCACAGACAGACAUGUCUUUGCUCUACUUAAAACCUUGCAAGUCCCUGGCUCUCUUAUCUGCUCUACUAUAAACAAUCACCAAAUUGUUUUACUAUAGUUAUGUAACACGGCUGCUAUAUUAAAAGUAUUUAGAGAGAA